AUGAAAGUUCUUUCAAACCAAAUACCAUUCAAAAUUCUCAGUAUUAUCAAAAAUCAUAUAAUAUCUUACAGAAAUUACGCAUUGAUAAAACGACGAACAAAAGAAACCAACAGUAAAUUUUCCCAGUACAUCAUUUUGAGAGCUAAUAAAGAUGAUUUUCCAGCUAUACUGAAAGUCAUGCAUGAGACCUUCUACAACCAGGAACCCACAUGUUUCUCUAUCGCAACUAAACAAAACUAUCAAACUGAAAAGUCACUAAUUUUUGUAGAUUCACAAUUACAAAAACCAAAUCAAUGUAUAGGUCUGAAACAUAAUUCCAUAAUGGACGAAACUGUACUGCAAAAAAUGGCCGAGGGAAUAACAGUCGUUGCCAGAUGUAAAAACAACGGUUGUGUAGUAGGAGCCGCAAUAAAUGAAUCGACAAACCCUUGGGAUCCAGAUUUGAAAGAAAAAUUGGCGUGUAGCGUUCAAUGUCCAAAAAUGAAACACUAUCUUCUUUUUCAGGCUCAUGUUCAGCGAUCUCCUAAACUCUGGGACUGUUUUCAUGUUCAAAAAAUCUUUGAAAUAAGUAAUAUUUUCGCCAAAGGAGAAAUGAAGGAUCCUCAGCUCAUGACAAAAUUGAUACAAGAAUCUAGAUCUUUGGCAGCAGACUGUGGAUAUAAAGUUGUUAGAGUCAAUGCUAGUACCCCAACAAUUGCUAGCAUUUGCGAAAGUCUCAACAUGAAAUUAACAGCAGAAAUACCUUUCUGCUCGUAUUUAGGAAAAAAUUUAGAACCAAUUUUCAAUCCUCCACAUCCAUUUGAAUCCGUAAAAAUAUAUGUGGAUGAAAGUCCACAGAAACAUUUGAUACAAACUAAAAGGAAAAAAUAG